AUGCAAUCGGAUCCGUCGGAUGACGAAGACAAUUUCACACUACUGGACAGUCUGAUCAAGAUUGUUCUGAGGGUCGGAAACGCCAUCUCAGAAUGGGACGCCAAGCUCCGCGGAGGAGAUGGAAGGUUGCAAAUUUACAAAGAAUGGUUACCAGUCAAGACUUUAGAUGAUGCUACGCCAGUCGCAUACUCGAUUCAGUUCUCAUUCAUAAGCUUUGAGGUUGCUGCCGCUUUUAUAUUCUGCGAGAUGACAAAGAUUUUUCUCUGCCAGCUUAUUAUUGACAUGACAACCUGUGCUCGAGGAUCUACGACGGACGAUUACAAGUCAUUCUCCGAUAUUGAUAUCCGAAAAUACAAAACAAAAGCUAUGAAGUCUGCUGAUAAACUCUGCCAGUCAACCGACUAUUUUUUUUGUUCAGCACCAGCGGAUGCUCAGACUCUGCUUUGCAACCUGAGUAAGACUGGGACUGGAGAUCCUGCGCAGGAUGCGCUACUUGAGCUGAAAGUUGGGUUUUGUGAAUCUGUGCAGACUUCUCUCAGGACCGAGGGGCUCGCUUCUAUGGGUGGAGUGAACCUGAGUUCGAAUCUCAAGAGGUGA